GCUACUUUAAAUACACGAUUUAAUUCACAUGAUUUAUGUAAUCACUCGUAUCGUGAAGUGAACUGUGUUUACUAUAUGAUGUGUAAUGUUAUCUGUUUUAUGUGCAGGAAUAGCUCAAGAUGGACGCAUGCGCACAGAUGUGUAAAUGUUUUCUCAUCCUGUUUAACACUUUGUUCGCUCUGCUGGGCUUCGGAUUGGUCGCUCUGGGUCUCUGGUUGAGGUUCGGCGUGGAAACUCAAGGAUUAUUCGACAUUGAUCUGAACACCACACAGUUCACUAUCGGUGUCAGUGUGUUGGUUGUCACUGGUGUGUUGAUGUUAGUGGUUGCAGUGCUCGGGGAUUAUGGAGCGUGUAACGGCAGUAAAUCAGCUCUUGGUGUGUUCAUUGGUCUGGUGUCGUGUCUGGUGAUUGUGGAGAUAGCAGCAGGUGUGUUGGCCUUCACCAUGAGCACACAUGUUGCAGAUGAGUUGGCAAAUUUCUACAUUUCCAUCUACACUCAGUAUUUGAACACCAGGGCUCAAGGUCAAGCCCUCACCCUCAAAAUAUUCCACAAUGCUUUUGACUGUUGUGGUAUUGGAGGACCCAUUGAGGUGUUUGUUCGAGACACGUGUCCUGAAGGCAACUUCCUUAAGCAGAUCACAUUUUCAAGCUGUCCCGGUGUGAUUAAAGGGAUGUUCCAGUCAAAAGCUCCGCUGGUGUUUGGAGGUUUUCUCGGAACAGCUGGAGUCAUGCUGGUGGCGCUGGUGUGCAGCAUCAUCCUCAGAAGAGAAAAUCCAGCGCCUCACGCGUCUCCACCUGCAUAUGUGCUCGUCACGUCUCCAGAUCAUCAGAUGUAUGCUCACCCCCAGCAUGUCUAACUGUCUCUCUCUCUUGCUCUCUCUCUCUCUCUCUCUCUGUGUCUCUCUCUCUGUCCUGCAGUUGAUGGCUCUGGUGUGUGGUUGUGUUCUGAACAACAGUCUAAAGAGGUCUCCGUUCCUCUACUGAGACACAAAGUCAGUGUGUGAUGAAGACAUGAAUCCUGUGGAAACACUGUUACAGUUCAUUAAACCCUUUAAACAUUUCAUGAUAUUGUUGGCCAUCUGAUUUCAACGUUUAUUUCAUCUGUUCUUUUUUAUCACUGUAAUACAUUAAAGAUACUUACAGAAACCUGA